AUGAGUUCCUCACAUUCACAGGCCUCGCCGCCCCCCAAGGCGCGGGAGCCGCAGGGCAAAAAGACGGCCAUGAGGUAUCCCUUCUGGUUUGGAGGAAGCGCCAGCAGCAUGGCGGCUUGCGUGACCCAUCCCCUGGAUCUCGUCAAGGUCCGUCUCCAGACUCGCACCGGCAAUGCGCCCAAGAACAUGAGCGGCACCUUCAUGCACAUCCUCCGCACGUCCGGGCCGCUGGGCCUCUACAACGGCAUCUCGGCGUCGCUGCUGCGCCAGAUGACGUACUCGACGGUCCGCUUCGGCCUCUACGAGGAGAUCAAGGCGCGCAUGGUGGCCAAGUCCGGCUCCGAGCCGUCCUUCCCGCUGCUCGUCGCCAUGGCCGCCGGCUCGGGCUUCGUCGGAGGCAUCGCCGGCAACUUCGCCGACGUGCUCAACGUGCGCAUGCAGCACGACGCCGCGCUGCCGGCCGCUGACCGCCGCAACUACAAGCACGCCGUCGACGGCAUGGCGCGCAUGGCCCGCGAGGAGGGCUUCCGCAGCUGGUUCCGCGGUUGGCUGCCCAACAGCACUCGCGCCGCCUUCAUGACGGCCGGGCAGCUGGCCAGCUAUGAUGUUGCCAAGCGCCUGCUGCUCAAGUACACGCCGCUCCAGGACAACCUGACGACGCAUUUUACCGCCUCGUUUCUGGCUGGUCUGGUUGCCGCCACCAUCACGAGUCCCAUUGACGUCAUCAAGACCCGGGUCAUGUCCUCCUCCCAUAGCCACGGCAUCAUGCACCUGAUCGGCGACAUCUACAAGACCGACGGUGUCGGCUGGGUGUUUAAGGGAUGGGUCCCUAGUUUCCUCAGACUUGGACCUCAAACCAUCUGUACAUUUGUCUUCCUAGAGAUGCACCGCAAGGCAUACCGCAAGGUGCAAGGUGUAGACGAGAACAAACUUUAG